AUGGCAGACGAACAGGAUGAAGGCAUCGGCUCGAUCUUUCCUGUUCCACCGCCCUUCUACAGGCACUUCACUACGGACAACCUCGCACGACUGAAGGAGUUCCGGGAGAAUGCGCAAGCGGAUGGUCCGACUACCGAAACCUCAGAGCCAGCGACAUCGGGCCUCCAGCGCAUACUCGAUCUCCCUCCAGAGCUUCGUUUCCUUGUACCACCUGAGCCAUCCACAGACGGCAAAUGGCGCAAUUUUGGUGGUCAAUACGACCUAAGUGACCCUCUCCCCUCCCUUAACGACCUCCAGCUCUACCCGUCCGGCCCCGACGACGACCCCUCAACUAUCCCCUCGGAAUGGACCCUCGACCGCGCCUUCUACCUCAAAAGAAUCGCCAAGUCCAUACUGCUCAACUUUCUUGAGCUAGUCGGCACCCUGUCCAUCAACCCUGACCAGUUUGAGGACAAGACGCAGGAUCUGAGAGUGUUGUUCAUCAAUGCGCAUCACCUGAUCAAUCAGUAUCGGCCGCAUCAGGCGCGGGAGACGUUGAUCCUUAUGAUGGAGGAGCAGGUUGACAGAACGAGGGCACAGGUGGAGGGGGUGAGGAGGAUGAAGGGGACGAUUGACGGGUUGCUAAAAGAAAUGGUGAAUGAUGGUCCGAAUGCACCAAGGGACGUGGUCAAUGGGGAUGGAGAGGCGAUAUCUCAGGAGGAGGAAUGGAAGGACGAACAACGGGCAAUUUGGCAGGCACUGGAUGAGGAGCUGGCCGUGUGA